AUGCGGUGGAACUAUCACCACCGAUACCUCGUCAUCUGUGGCGAUCUCAAGCUCUGCUUCUUCAGGCAUUUCAUGCCCCCGCACACAUGGGACAACGAGCUCACAUACGUUGGUUCAGUUUUACCUACCGAUCAUCACCAGUGGACUAACAUGCUUCGUAUGGAGCCCACGUCUGCAGCGUGCUUGGAACAAGUUGCUGAGGGCCCUCCCGAGGGUUCUUCACGACUCUACGCGGAGCUUGAAGAUCGCUUGAAGAUCUUCGACAAGGGCAACCACUCUAUGUUCAAGGGGCUAGAAGACGGCCACAACAGCCUGUGGUGUGUGCGCUGCAGCGUUACGCUUCACCACGAGACCCGGGCGCCCAGUUGGAGAGCUCCUGCACUCCGAUGUGAUAACCGAGGAUAG